CCAUCACCCCCCCCCCUCCCUUCCAACUAUCCAUCUAGCCUGGUUCUGCUGCUAGUAACCAGACAGUUUUAUUUCACAAACAACCAGCAUUGUCCUUUUGGACAAUUUUUCCAAAUCCACUGUGGCCUCCCCAACGCCGCCAGGAUGAACAGUGCGAAGAGAAAGAAUAUUGAGCUAUCCGACGACGAUGUCGCUUCAUUCAUCUCGAUAACUGGUGCUACAGAUGACAUCGCAAGGAGAAGGCUCACAAGAACAAAUGGAGAUCUCAUGAUGGCCAUCAACCAGCACAUGGAUAGUGACGGAGUUUUUAUUGAUUUAGACGAAGACAAUGAGGUGGAGGUUGUAGAAGUCGGGUCCUCCAAUCGGACUGGUAACAAACGAGAGCGAAAUGUUCAAAGCAUCUCUCCUAGAAGAAGACUAAGCACCACAACAAAUGGAGGUGAUGGACCAUCAUGCAGCACUACUGAUGAUGACGUGAGAGCACCAAUUGCUCCAAUUACAGCAAGACUUCUAGACCCUCAUCAUGAUGUUGACUGGGAAAACAUAAUGCACAGACCAAGAACUAAUUCUGCUUUUGAUGGCUUGCGAGAUUUUGCAGUUGAAACUGAUCAUCAAGAAGAAAUGCUUGCGUGUCCAGAAAGAGCAAAGAAGAAAAGAACCUUGGAGGACCUAUUUCGGCCUCCUAUUCAUCUUAUGUUUCAUGGAACAUUUCUUGCUGCAAGAGAUGAAGCAACUAAUCGAGAAAGAUGGCUUAUGGUUAACAUUCAAAACAUGAAGGAAUUUUCUUGCCAAGUUCUUAAUAGAGACAUCUGGUCUGAUAGUGUCAUUGACUCAGUUGUUCGACAACAUUUCACAUUUUGGCAGGUAUACUCAGACAGUAAUGAAGGGAAGAGGUACAUGAGAUUUUACAAUGUGCCAUCUUGGCCAUACGUUGCAAUUUUGGACCCUCGCACUGGAGAGUGUCUGGUUGAAUAUCAUCAUAUUUCUCGUGAUACCUUCUGUGAUAAUAUUCUGACCUUCUUAAAUGCAAAUCAAUGGAAUCCACAACAAACACCUCGUGAGGCUACUAUGGCCUCUGUUAGUUCCAGUCAAGAUGGCUCCAAUGCAAAACCUCCGAGUGGCAAAAGCAAGAGUGAUGCAGCAUCAUCUAUCAUUGAUGCAAGUGAAGAGCAGCAGUUGGAAAUGGCUCUUGCUGCCUCAUUAAGAGAAGCCGCUACAUCUAGUGCGGCUGCUACUGCAGCUUUGAGCAGAAGGCCGGAUUCUGAUUCAGAUGCUGAAGAUGAUGAUGAAGACAAGGAAGAAAAUGAGGAUGAGGAGAACAAAGACGUCUCGUUUUCACCCAGCAGCAGUCCACUCAUGCCAAUUGAGCCUCCCGUUGUAAUGGAUACCAAUGCACCAAAAAUGUGCAUCAUGCUACGGUACCCGGAUGGCAAAAGAGAAGAAGCCACCUUCCCCAGCACUGCAUCCAUUCACGCACUUCAGCAAUAUGUUGCCUCCAAGGGGUUCCCAUCUUCCCGCUUUGAACUUGUUACACAUUUUCCUCGACGUAAUCUAUCUGAUCUUAAAGGUGUGACAUUAGAAGGGGCUGAUCUUCAUGCAAGAGAUACUGUCUUUAUUCAAUUGAAAAACUAAAUUGAAUUUUGUGAAUUGUUAUAAUCUAGAAGGCCCACCAUGAUUUCAGUCUGUGAGAGGUUUAAUUUAUUUUUAAGUAUCAUAAAUAAAAAUUGAGAUUUUAUGACCUUUUUAAAAAAUCUGAUCAGUAUUUUGUUUUUGGAUCAUGUACGAUUGUUGUAAGAAAAGUAGGAGGAGAAGCCACUGAGUUGUUACUUCAUUUGCAUUACUAUUGUAGUCCAUAUGCUGAGUGUCUCAGGCGGCAUCAAUUCUUAGACAUUAUUAUAUUUUGAUGAUUCUUUUCUUAAGCCUGCGAGUAACAAUUAUUUUAUAUGAAGUGUUACUUGAGUGAUCAAAUUUCUAGAUGAAAUUAUAGUAUAAUUCAUGAAAUUGGAGGAAUGUAUGUGAUAUUCUUAAUAUCCUCGUCAAAUGCCACUUUUGUCAAAAAUCGAUUUUGUAAUGUCCUGCAAUGCAAAGGGUAAACAGCUGUAUUACUGUCUUUUGGUCUCUUUACUCGCCUUGCAUUAGUAUAGCUUGCUUGGCAUAAGUCUUCCCUUUUUACUGAAAUCCUUGUAUAAAUCUGGCCAGAUAAAUGUGCCUUGGGAUGGCA